GAGAGUCUCCAGCUGACCUGAAGUCAUGGACAUGAACGUUGCUCUUCACCUCCUUCUCACUCUGGCUGCACUGAUCACAUGCUCAGCAGACGGGAAAAGCCUGAGUCUGUGUCAUAAGCCUUCGCACAGACUUCAGAAGCGCUACGCAUUCCUGGACAGCUCUGUGUUGACUCCACAGGAUGAACAGAGAGAUGUGGGAUGUGUCGAGUAUGAUCUGCGUCCUGCCAUGACCCUCCCCUCCCACUGGGUGUACCUCCCUCAAACUGUGGUUGUAUAUCUGCCCAGAGGCAGCACCCAGGUGAGGCCGCCAAUCUGGGUGCCUUCUCUGCCUGGAAGCUUCAACCUGUCACAAAUCAUCAACUUCACUCAACGACAACGCAAUCCUCAGCCUGUGGUGAUCUAUGGGAGGCCUCUAAUGCCUGUAAACAAACUCCCCCCAGAGCUUGAGGCCUUUCUGAGAAGCUACAGAGUAGGUCAGGGAGCUGUAGGGCCAGGAGGGGUCCAGCCUUUAGUGGCCAGGCCUGUAAACAUAAUUCAGCUUCCCAGAAGAGGAAUGUCUGACUUAUUAGAUGCAGUCCGCAGAAUGCUGGAUUUUCAGAAAGGAGGGGGCUUCAUCAUAGUUCCGGAUGCAGCUUCUCCAGGCUCUACAACAGACCCUCCACCCAGACCAGAAGUGGUAUCUGGUCAUGUUUAUGAUCCCAAAUGAUCACAUCAUGGCUAUUCUACAUCUUCUUCUUAGACCUUGUGCUCAGUAUGUAGCACAGAUCAUGCUGCCACCCUAUCCGAGCCAAAAAUCAAAGCAAAAUACUUUCUUUCUCGCAAAUUUCUCUAGCUAAUGGAAAUAUCUACAUGCUCAACACUAUAUCUACAUGUGCAUUUGGCUUGUAGAGUUGUUUUCUGGAGAGGGUAGUUGCAUGCUUACAGAGCUUUUGUAACAACGAUAAUAAAGAAAGCCAGAGCUGUAGCCAAGGGAGGGCCAGAGGUGGCCAAUGCCACCCUCCCAUUCCACUCUUCUGGCCACCCCUGUUAAACAAAGUGAAAUAGUCAACCAUCAUCAAUGAAACAGUCACCACAUCAAAGUUCUGCUACUAUGUGUGAAAGGUUUUGCUAUGAAAUUUUCCAUCAGGGCAGUUAUCAAUGAGUUAUGAGCUGACAUGGCAAUCAGUUUAAUCAGUUUAAUCAGUUAGUCAGUAAAACCUUAAUGUUAUUCUUGUUCGUUUGGCUUAGGGAAGCA